GGUGGUUGAUAGCACUAUAUCAUCUUCGCACAUGCAGUUUCAGUCUUAUUAACUCUCAGGAACAGCUUUCCUCAUGCCCUAAGUUUCUAAGUUAGGAAAAGUAUAUUUAUGUCGAACCUUUGAAUAAAGUACAUGGUAUAAAAUUUCUCAAGCAUUCAAUAAGAAAAGUUUUGGAAUUCUUUAUUUUCUAAUAACAGAAUAAAUGAUGCUUAUCAUAGUCUGCAGCUGAACGAAAGGAAGCAUUUAAUAUUUAAGAUGGAGUUGUAAUUAUGGUAGCAACCUUUUCCUAAUUUAUCUAAAUUUUAUUUUUUGUUCAUUUCUCUCUUUGCAUUAUCAUGUACUGAAUUACUUGCUACAGGAUUUUUUCCUCGUUUUUCUAACUUACGUCUGCAAGGAUGGGUAGGCUCUAAUUUUGCAUGAUCUAACUGAAAGCUUUUCUUGUGUGAGCUUGUUGCCAUAACCCUCUAGAUAAAAUGGAAUGCACAUAGGCAUUGCAGAGGCAGCUGCUUUAAGGUGAACUGGCACGGAGGUUGAGCUCAACAUGCCAUUAGUGAAAAGAAAUAUCGAUCCUAGGCACUUGUGCCACACAGCACUGCCCAGAGGCAUUAAGAAUGAACUAGAAUGUGUAACCAAUAUUUCCUUGGCAAAUAUAAUUAGACAACUAAGUAGCCUAAGUAAAUAUGCUGAAGAUAUAUUUGGAGAAUUAUUCAAUGAAGCACAUAGUUUUUCCUUCAGAGUUAACUCACUACAGGAACGUGUGGACCGUUUAUCUGUUAGUGUUACACAGCUUGACCCUAAAGAAGAAGAAUUGUCUUUGCAAGAUAUAACAAUGAGAAAGGCUUUCCGAAGUUCUACAAUUCAAGAUCAGCAGCUUUUCGACCGCAAGAGUUUGCCUAUUCCGUUACAGGAGACAUACGAUGUUUGUGAGCAGCCUCCGCCUCUCAAUAUCCUCACUCCUUAUAGAGAUGAUGGUAAAGAAGGUUUGAAGUUUUAUACCAAUCCUUCAUAUUUCUUUGAUUUAUGGAAAGAAAAAAUGUUACAAGAUACAGAGGAUAAGAGGAAGGAAAAGAGGAAGCAGAAGGUAUUACAAGAGAUUCAAAAAAUUGAACAGAAAAAUCUAGAUCGUCCUCAUGAACCAGAAAAAGUGCCAAGAGCACCUCAUGACAGGCGGAGAGAAUGGCAGAAGCUGGCCCAAGGUCCAGAGUUGGCUGAAGAUGAUGCUAAUCUCUUACAUAAGCAUAUUGAAGUUGCUAAUGGCCCAGCCUCUCAUUUUGAAACAAGACCUCAAACAUAUGUGGAUCAUAUGGAUGGAUCUUACUCACUUUCUGCCUUGCCAUUUAGUCAGAUGAGUGAGCUUCUGACUAGAGCCGAGGAAAGGGUCCUAGUAAGACCACAUGAACCACCUCCACCUCCACCAAUGCAUGGAGCAGGAGAUGCAAAACCCAUACCCACCUGUAUCAGUUCUGCUACAGGUUUGAUAGAAAAUCGCCCUCAGUCACCAGCUACAGGCAGGACACCUGUGUUUGUGAGCCCCACCCCCCCACCUCCUCCACCACCUCUUCCAUCUGCCUUGUCAACUUCUUCAUUAAGAGCUUCAAUGACUUCAACUCCUCCCCCACCAGUACCUCCUCCACCUCCACCUCCAGCCACUACUUUGCAAGCUCCAGCAGUACCACCACCUCCAGCUCCUCUUCAGAUUGCCCCUGGAGUUCUUCACCCAGCUCCUCCUCCAAUUGCACCUCCUCUAGUACAGCCCUCUCCACCAGUAGCUAGAGCUGCCCCAGUAUGUGAGACUGUACCAGUUCAUCCACUCCCACAAGGUGAAGUCCAGGGGCUGCCACCACCCCCGCCACCGCCUCCCUUGCCUCCACCUGGCAUUCGACCAUCAUCACCUGUCACAGUUGCAGCUCUUGCUCAUCCUCCCUCUGGGCUACAUCCAACUCCAUCUACUGCCCCAGGUCCCCAUGUUCCAUUAAUGCCUCCAUCUCCUCCAUCACAAGUUGUACCUGCUUCUGAGCCAAAGCGUCAUCCAUCAACCCUACCUGUAAUCAGUGAUGCCAGGAGUGUACUUCUGGAAGCAAUACGCAAAGGUAUUCAGCUACGAAAAGUAGAAGAGCAGCGUGAACAGGAAGCUAAACAUGAACGCAUUGAAAAUGAUGUUGCCACCAUCCUGUCCCGCCGUAUUGCUGUGGAAUAUAGUGAUUCAGAAGAUGAUUCAGAAUUCGAUGAAGUAGAUUGGUUGGAGUAAGAAAAAUACGUUGAUAAAUAUUACAAAACUGAAUGCAAAUGUCCUUUGUGGUGCUUGUUCUUUGGAAAUGUUUGAUCAUUCCAGUGUUUUGCUUUUAUUUCCUUAAGAUAAAUAACCCUUUUCUUCCAUAAUUUUUUAUUUCUAAGAAAAAUAUUAGCAUACAUUUCAACUAAAUGUUUUACAGUGGCUUAUCUUUUUUAUUUUUCCCUGAAAAGACACAAUUUGGUCAAAUAAACCACUAAGUAUUAAGCAUGGACAGCUGUUGUUAGAAUAGCAGAUUCAGUUUUUUGAUAUAUCUUAAUUGUGCACUUUGUGAAUUUUAAUUUAAAGAAAGCAACUGAGAUUGAAAUCUUGAGGGCAGCUGUAUCUGUUAAUGAGCCUUAUUCCAUUUCUUGAUGUUUUAAAAGAAGAAACUGACUUGAUUAUAUGAAUACACUCAGAAAGUACAUUUAGCUUGUAGUAUUGAAUUCUCUUAAAGGAAUGCUUGAAUUUCUUUCAUUAUUGUUUUAUUGUUUUUAAAUACUUGCUUUAUUUGAAUGUUUAGCAGUACCCCUUCCCACUUAUAUAUUGUGUGGUACGAUUUUGCUUGCCUAUAAAAGUUUAAAAGAUUUCCAUGUGAAAUACUCUGGCAUAAACAUAUAUGUAACUUACAUAACUGUUAAGAAUGAUUUAAUAAAUGGUUCAUUUUAAAGGUU